UCUGUCCCGUCUGUCUACAUAGCCGCACGACGUUGCACUAUACGCGGCCCUCAACAACUUACGAGAGUUUCCCUCAUCAAAUCGAAUAAAAAAGAAGAACUUAGGAGAGAGAUCGUGACGAAGAUGGAGCUGCUGCACGUCAUGGAGGGGAGAGAGGAGAUCCAGCAAACCCUGAGCGAGAUCGACAGACGAGCCCUCGACGCCCUCCGCUACGCGUUCCGCCUCGGCUACCGAUCUCCCUCGUCUUCUCGCGAUGACCAAGACAUGGACGCCUUCAUCGCGUCCGUGCUGCCGCCGCCUGUUUCGGAGGACGGCGAUCACGACCGCCACCGCACGGAACUCGACGAGCUACCGCUUGCGCGGGAGGAUUGUUUCCGCGACGAGGACGCGUCGACGGCUCUGAAGAUGGACUGGGCGUCGUGCUACGUGCCGCACAGCGACCACGACGCGCACUUCGGGGUCGCCGACCCCGGCGUCAUCGGCGUGGCGGACGGCGUCAGCGCGUACAGCGCGAAAGGCGUGGACGCGGGCGCCUUCUCUCGGAGCCUCAUGGCGAGCGCCUACAAAGACGCGCUGGAGACGGCGCCCAGGGCCAUCUGCCCCUACACGGUGCUGCAACGGGCCUACGAGGGCGCGGCCUCGUCGGGCGUGCCAGGGGCGUCGACGGCGGUCCUUCUCUCGCUCGUCGGGGACACCCUCAGGUGGGCCAACGUGGGCGACAGCGGCUUCGCCGUGCUCCGCGGCGGCGCGAUCGUGCACCGCUCGCGGCCGCAGCUGGCCCGCUUCAACUGCCCGCUCCAGCUCGCCGCUAAGGGCGCCGACAGUGUCACCAAGGCGGAGGUGGGCGAGACCCCGGUGAGGGGCGGCGACAUCGUGGUGGUGGCCACGGACGGGCUGUUCGACAACAUGUUCGACGCGGAACUCGAGCGCGUCGUGCGGAUAGGCACGGCGCUGGGCUUCUCGCCCAAGAACAUGGCGGACAUCAUUGCCGGCAUCGCCUACGAGAUGUCGUGGAGCAAGGUCAAGGACUCGCCGUUCAGCGUCGGCUACCGGAAGCAUACGGGGAGUCAACGGUGCGGCGGGAAGCAAGAUGACAUAACCGUCGUCGUCGCCUUCAUCGUCUCCACUCAGCUGGAGGGCGUGGGCGUGGGCGUCGACAAGGUUGAAGAUGAUGCAGCUUCAAAUUCUAACUGGAUGGAUCAAGUCAAGAUGAAGAAAAGGGCAUACGAACUUAAGAACGUGUCUGGGCCAUCUCUCGAUGCAAAAAGCGAUUCCGUCGACAGUGGAAAUCGGCGUACAGUGCAGCGUUCCAAUUCCGGGCCGAUUUCUAGUGCGAGAGGUAGUUGGUAUUGAAUUAGCAAAUAUGCGUGUGCGUUACAAUAGAAAAAAUAUAUUACAUGCCCUUAUGUCAAUAAAACAUGGCUAAAGUCCCAUCAUAAAUACAUAUCUUGUAUGUCAACACCACGUCACACCGUGUCGCCAUUUAUACUCCUUCCGACCCUCGUCGAUAAUGAGAGUGUUCAAACCCUUCUCACCUCUAGUUAAUGAACUUAUACUACUUAAUGUCCAGUAGGUAGUCAUGGAGCAGCCAGACUGCUAGCAACAACAACAAAAGCGAAGGGCUAGGCACGCCCAUGGGUGCACCCAACAACCACGAACACGCCGCCGGCGAAGGCCGACAAGAGGGUUACACAUUAUUAUAAACGAAAAAACUACAGUUUUACUAUUUUUCAGUCAUCUGUUUUUGAAUUCGCUUCAGGUCGAAUUUUGUGACCGUCUGAUUCGACGCGGAUCUCAGCGCACCGCUGUGCCUCAAUUAUUCUUAUGCCCAUGUGCGUGUUGGGCUUCGUUCGGGUCGACGGCCCUGUGGCACAGUUGGCGUUGCAUAGCGGAGCAGGUGAGGAGAGGUAGCGCCGUGGCGGAGGCGUUGGAGGAAGGCGCCUAAUCGCCGAGCAGCGGCAGGGUCUGGCGGCGAGCAGCGCUGGACGGAGGGAACCUUGCUGCGGGCAGCAGCGGUAGGAAGGAGAGACGAUGGUAUGGAUUGGGGAUCAGCGGAACUCUACCGACGGGCUCAUCAACUGCUCGUCAUGGGGGGCCCUUGAGCUCCCCUGCUCAGCCUGCUACCAUUUUUUUGUGGGUGUUACUUAAUUAUUUAAUUGCACGGUUCAGAGUUUGAAGAUGUUACUUAGGAACAACCAGAAUCGUUCGAUGAUUCUCUGAAAAAAAAGAACCGCUUGAUAUUAUAGAAGAUAGGUGUCGACCAUUGCUGACUUUUGAUUGAAAGGGCAGCGGGUUUUUAGGGUACAACAUAGUGUGAAGACACACAAUACCAGAGAGCAAGGUGCAUCAAUCUCUGAGAGAUCAUCAAAGUUCAGUUCGACUACUGUACGACAUGUCGCCUUCUGACAUCAGCUGAACACCGCUAUAACUAAAUGCCAGUCUAUGGUUGGCUUGGCCAGCUAUCCCUGAAUAACUGGAGAAGGCAGGUCACUAGUUUGGGUAUAAUCUAGUUUGAGUACUAAAUAGAAGUGUAUGUACACAGUAAGGUCUUUGUUCAGGUUCAGAGAUACUUGUACUGUUUAGGUUUCAGAGAGAUUUGCAAAGCAUUAACUGAAUUUAGGAUUCUUGUGUCCACGGCCAAGGUCCUAUUAGGACAAAAGGCCAAGGUCACUAGUUUAUUUUUUUACAUCUUUCUUUCAGUGUUAUAAUCAGUCAUCUUUCUCUCUAUCAUUGGUAAUUCA